UCUCUAUACCGGCUGCGAACGUACAUCGGUCGUUUGAAAGCAGUUAUUGCUCAGCGUGUUUUUCAGGUAUUUCUAGUAGUUUAACACAAGUUUUAUUUCUCCAGCCGUUUCUUUGGCGGCUGUUGUUUUAUUUUAGGACCAUGUUCCGUUCGGGUCUAACUUGUCCGGGCUGCGGCUCCUCCAACAUCGUGGACGACGACCUGUACUCCCAGGCCCAGCUGGUGUGUACGGACUGCGGCUCCGUGGUGUCGGAGGGGACGCUGGCGGAUGACCCGGUCGGAGGUUCAGUUGUCAGCUACAACAGGAGCACCGCCGUGGCCAAAAGGCCAUGUAUGAACCUUAUUAAAGGUGUGCAGCGUUUGAAAGCCUUGUGUCAGAUUCUCAGGGUCAACGCUGAAAUUGAGGAUCAGUCAGAGAAAUAUUACAAAGAGGCCUACCAGCAUGAGAGCUUCAUCAAUGUGACCCUCCAGAAGAAAGAGAUCCUCGCUGGUUGCUGUUUGCUGGUGAGCUGCAGAAUGCGGAACUGGCCCAUUACGAUGGGAACCAUCAGCUGCCUGCUGGACGCCGACUUCAAUGUAGUGGGAGCGACUUAUAAAGAGAUGAUGAAGAUUCUCAACAUCAAGGCUCCGAUCGUCAAUGUCACCGAUGUAAUGGAGGCUCACAGUCAGGAAUAUAAAAUGAGCUCAUACCCAGAAGAACUGGCUGAGAACUCCAAGGACUUGACCAGACGAGCCGUGGCUCUGGUGGAGCUGGCAGCAGACUCCUGGAUUGUGACUGGCCGUAAGCCCAUCCCCAUCAUGAUGGCAGCCGUGUACUUGGGCUGGCAGUCCCUGAAACCCAACCAGCAUCGCCUCAGAAUGUCUCUGGAGAAAUUCUGUCAGCUUGCCCAAGUGAAGAAGUGCAGAGCUGCUAUGACAAGAAUAGCCGAGAUGAAGGAGAUGUUGUGUAAACUAGGCAAGGAGCUUCCUUGGCUCAGGGGAGCGGUGACGCCAGAUAAUGUUAUUCCGCAGGUAGACGAUAUUCUGCAGAACAGACACGCCCUGCUGAGGAGGGCGAUGAGAGCCCAUGAGGACACUUUACAGGCAGAGUGUCAGACCAGCAGUGCAGACCCUCCGACUGAACAAACUGCUCCAUCUCAGAUCACUGAACAUGUAGAUCAAACUCCAAGCGCAUCUUCAGUGGAACAAUGUGAACCAAAUCCUGAAAGAGCCGAGCCACCAGCAGAUAAAGAGGCUAAUCUACACACAGCGCCGGAGCAGAGUGAUGCUCAGGAGAGCCCAGAUCCAGCACCGAACUGGGGGAAAAGAGUGCUGUUCGCUCCCCCAUGUGUGGUUCAUCCUAAGAAAAGGAGAGCAGCACAACCUGAGCUCCAGGAUGUAAACGGUGAUGAGGAAAUCUCUGACAGUGAAAUUGACUCGUAUCUUCGAACACCUCGGGAAGUUCGAGACUUCGCUUUGACACAGAAAAUGUUGUCUGAUGAAGGGAAAUCAUAACCAGCUAUGUUCUGACACCAGUGUUUAGUUACUCGGGUAUUGAUCAAGAAAUGUGUUUAAGUUCAUAAGAAGUUUCUGUUUUAUUACUGUUCAAGUAAUGUUUGAAAUAUUUGUUUACAUAGGAAUUAUUUUGAUCACAAGAGAUGUAUAAACCUCUUUCAUGUGAAAUAAACAUAUAUUUCAUAAAUACAGCCAAGUUCAAAUGGUUUAAAAUGAUAUUCAACCCCUGAAAAUGCAACGUAGCAUCCCGACAUAAACUGUAAAGUGCUAUUCUUUUAAUGGAACAAUGAGAAUAAAGUUUUUGUUUGCACAGCA